AUGGCUGUUCACCUCCAGGAAGAAAAAUCUAAUAUUUUACCCGACUUUCUGAAUUUGAAUGAUUUAGGAUGCAACUCUACUGGAGGAAAGAUUUUAUUUGCAACAGAUGAUUUCUUUGCUCCUGCAGAAAAUCUCUUGAAGGUAUGCUCUUUUCUGGAAAACAAAGACCAUGCUGAUCUAUUCACUGACUGGAAAUGAAGAGAUGGAUGGGAGACCAGGAGAAAGCGUAUUCCAGGUCAUGAUCGGUUGGGAAUGCCAGGCAUUAUUUGUGGGUUUGAUGUAGAUACAUCUUAUUUAGCUGGCAACUGUGCUCCAUGGAUAUCAAUUCAAGCAGCUUGUUUGAAAUCAGAAGAGGUACCACUGCUUCCCCUAAGAGGGAACCGAAUAGGAACUACAGCUUCAGAGGAAGAGUUGGAGGCUGCCAAGGAGAUGAAGUCACAUGAAUGGACUGUUUUGGUUCCUGUAUCAGAAACAAAAUCAGGAAAUCUUGAUACUGGCCAUAACUAUUUUUUUGUGAAUUCAAAGCAAAGGUGGACUCAUCUAAGAUUCAACUUAUAUCCUGAUGGUGGAAUUGCACGUUUAAAAGUAUAUGGUACAAUGUUGAAAGACUGGUCACUUUGUGGCCUGAAUCACUUGAAUGACUUGGUAGCAACAGUGAAUGGAGGAAUUUGUAUUGGAUAUAGUGAUGCUCAACUGGGUCACCCCCAAAAUAUCAUAGGAAUAGGAAAAGCAAAGUCCAUGAAAGAUGGAUGGGAAACGAGAAGAAAUUUGGAAAGACCACCAAUUUUAAAAGUUGAUGACAAGGGAAUGCUCCUCAUACCAGGAAAUGAAUGGGCAAUCUUUAGACUGGGUCAUUCAGGCACAGUAACUCACAUAGAAAUAGAUACCAGUCAUUUUAAAGUCCCAGACCUGGGAAUCCCGCCGUCGGAAUUCCUGGGACUUCCAGACUAA